GGUUCGCAACAUUUGUGGCCGCCCGACACAUUCAGAUGCGGGCCGUCCUCCGAAUUUGAUUGGCAGCCUAUCAAGCAUAUCAAAUGUGUCGGGGACCCGGGGUCGUAUGAUUUGACCACGAUACUCUUCCUGUGAGAUACGCCUUGGACCUGCACUCACACCCUCAGUAUUUUAAGUGAAGAGCAAGCUCAUGAGUGCUUAACAUCUUCGUUCCCACCCGCUAGCAACAAUCUUUGGUCAUUCGAGUAUGAGUACGACCAUGUCCUCGACUCACUGGGGUUCCCCUACCGCUUCCAAACGCGCUCUGCUCAUUCAUGGGCUGUCUAUGUCCUCGCAAUCAUGGGAGGGCAUCGCUCAGCUAUUAGUAGCAGAAGGGUUCUUUGUCGUCGCGCCGAAUCUUCUCGGGCAUGCAUGGAGACGAGGCACCGAUUAUCGUGUGUCCACCCUUGCAGAGGACCUUCGACCAUAUUUUGCCAUGGACAUGUCCUACGACGUAAUUAUAGGACAUUCUCUUGGAGGCUUAGUGACUUUGUCGCUCUUGCCAUUCUUACCAAAGACGAAAGAAACCACCAUCAUACUCGCCGAUCCCCCCCUAGAGCUUACGGCGGAGCAAUUCCAACAGGGCAAAAAUAGGUUCCUGAAGGAGAUUGAGGAUGCCAAAACUACUGACGAGCACAUGGCUGAGCAUCCUGCUUGGUCUCGAGGUGACAGCAUGUUAAGAGCGCUAGGAGUCUACAUGUGCGAUCGCACUGUCAUCAAAGGAAUAUUUGAGCAUAACAAACCAUUUGCUUUCGGUGGCCGGUUGAAAAACAUCCCAUCUCAUGUGAAGAUCGCCUUAUUGGUAUCUGAUCCGGGGUUCGGGUCUGAUUGUCAUUUGGAGCGUAUCCCUGUUGACGCAGCGAGAUUGAGUGUAAAAGUUCUUAAAGGAAUUGGUCACUGGAUCCAAAACGAGCUUCCGAAUGCUAUCAUGGAUGAAAUCCCUCCACCAAGAGCAAGACUGUGAGCCGUGUAAGGAAGGGAUGGUGAUGUACGGCGCAUUUUGUGUGUAAUCGCUAUGUUCAAAUGUAUUAUCACCCGUUCUUGAUGAACUUGCCCCCAGAUUGCUUGGGAAAU